AUGGCAGCAACCAUCAAACUCGACAAACCGCAUAGCCAUUUCACAAACUUGGACCAUAUCACCGGACGAGUGGUGCUGCAGCUGCAUUCUGACACCGCCAUCAGCGCGAUUCAUGUCAAGCUUGAAGGAGAAAGUCGGACGCGACUGUUGACGCCACGCAAUGAUCGGGAUAAGAAGAAGGCUGAGAUAGAAGUGCAUAAGAUAUUAUAUCAAGUCAAAGCCGUCUUUCCGAGCCCGGAUAUCGCUCAACAUAGCUCUCCGAAUGCUGCGUUUACGCUCGCCCCUGGUGUUUAUGAAUAUCCGUUCGAGUUCAAGUUCCCGUUCAACAAUUCCUGCAGCAACCAGAAUUCAAUGAUGACCAACCUCAGCAUGGUCGGACUGCGAGUCGAAGUGGCACGGGAUUCAUAUGUGCAUGUUAAAAAGACUCUACCCCCUUCAUUGAAUACCUUUCCGGGCGAGGCGGAAAUUAAAUACUACGUCAAAACGACUGUUGUUCGGCCUCAGUUUUAUAAAGAGAAUAUUCGAUCUAUUGCAGGAUUCAAUUUCCUCCCCAUCGAGCCUCCGCGAAACGGUAACCCCAACGAAGAAACCUACGCCAGGCGUCAGCACGAAUUUAUGAGACAGCAGCCCCCAGCAGUUCUGAAAAAGGGCGGGAUCUUUCGCAAACAGUCAUCCACACCUCUCAUGCCCCUUUCAACCGCUGAUCCGGUACGAGUAUCAGUUGAUGCACGAUUACCCAAUCCUCCGAUUCUGACCUGCAACGAAACUAUACCCUUACGCAUCAUUGUCACGAAGAAAUCUCAAACUUUCGAGCCGAUGUUUUUACAACUCCUUCAGAUCGAAUUGAUUAGCUAUACCAAUAUCAGAGCGCAUGAUCUAGUGCGCACAGAGCCGCUUAGUAUAUUGAUACUGAGUCGAAGCAAUAUGAAUGUCCUUAUUGGUCCAGCAUCAGAUCCAGUGGGACAAGAAUGGCAGAUUGAUGCAAGCCUAUGGAAUAGACUCUCGCUGCGACCGAAUGUUGCGCCUUCGUUUGAGACGUGCAAUAUUUCUCGGCAUUAUGAACUUGAAGUACGAGUCGGGGUGUCGCAUGGACCGGCGGGAAGAUCAAUGCCGCAAGUCAUCGUUAUACCUCUACGGCUGGCCGUAAGAGUAUAUUCCGGCAUUCGUCCACCACCAGCUCUUAUAGAAGCCAUGGCCACCAACAGGAAAUUGAAAGAUGCUCAACUCGGCCGACAACAAUCUCGAUACGACGAUAAUAAUCCCCCACCACAACCACCACGACCAUCCAACCAACCAGCCGAAAUGGCCGCUCAUAACAUUCUCGAAGGCGACGACGCACCGCCAAGCUACGAGGAUGCAAUGGCCGAUAUGAUUAGUCCUAUAGAUGGCCCACGCGGAGAAUACUAUCAAACGCCCGCACCAGCUUUUCAAGGAAGCCGUAACAUCUCAGGGCCGGUGGGUGAUACCAAACAACCAUUUCCUGAUCCUCAGACUAGUCACAGUGAAUAUGACCACCACUAUCAUCAUGAAGGCGAUGAAGAAGGAGAAGAACUUACGCGCUCAUUUUCCCGUGAUUCAUCCGAGUCCAUCGAUAUGCUCCCCCAGUCGCCACGAUUACGGCCUAUAUCAUAUGCAGAUAGUAUCUAUGAAGACAAGCAGUCUGGUCAAACACAGGGUCACACGAGUAACCAUAAUGCCAAUCGACCGGCUGAAACACAGCAACCACCGCCAGCAUUUACGCCUUCGCAAACACCCCAACCUCGUCGAGUAAUAAGUACUGGCGUACCGAAUCGACGACCAGUGCCGAAUUCGAGUCAACAACAACAACAGCCACAACAACGGGACACUUCAUAA